AUUCAAAAGCUUGUUUUUUUUUCUGUCUCUUUCUGCAGAUUAAUAAUCCUCACACUUUUUAAUGGGAACAGAAAACCAGACGUGGGUGAAAGAGUUUAUUCUUCUGGGCCUGUCUAGUCACUGGGACACUCAGGUCUCUCUUUUUGUCCUGUUCUCCAUCACAUACAUGGUGACAGUGCUGGGGAACUUACUCAUUGUUCUUCUGAUCAGCCUGGACAGCCGACUCCAUACACCCAUGUAUUUCUUUCUCACCAACCUCUCCCUUGUUGAUGUCUCUUAUGCCACAGCCAUAGUCCCUCAGAUGUUGGUUCAUUUUCUUGCAGAACAUAAAGUAAUCCCACUUGUGAGCUGUGCAGCCCAGUUAUUUUUCUCCCUGGGAUUGGGCGGGAUUGAGUUUGUUUUACUGGCAGUGAUGGCCUAUGACCGCUAUGUGGCUGUGUGUGAUCCCCUGCGAUACCUGGUCAUCAUGCAUGAAGGGCUCUGUAUUAGGUUGGCCAUCACAUCCUGGGUCAGUGGCUCUGUCAACUCUCUCAUGCAGACUGCCAUCACAUUUCAGCUGCCCAUGUGCGCCAACAAGUUUAUUGAUCACAUAUCCUGUGAACUCCUAGCUGUGGUCAGACUGGCCUGUGUGGACACCUCCUCCAAUGAGAUUGCAAUCAUGGUUUCUAGCAUUGUCCUGCUGAUGUCACCAUUCUGCCUGGUUCUCUUGUCCUAUGUCAAGAUUAUCUCCACCAUCCUAAAAAUCAGGUCCACAGAGGGAAGAAAGAAAGCCUUCCACACCUGUGCCUCUCACCUCACAGUGGUUGUACUAUGCUAUGGCAUGGCCAUUUUCACUUACAUCCAGCCCCAUUCUGGCCCCUCUGCCCUUCAGGAGAAGUUGAUCUCUCUCUUCUAUGCCGUUUUGACACCCAUGCUGAACCCCAUGAUUUACAGUCUAAGGAAUAAGGAGGUGAAGGGGGCCUGGCAGAAACUUUUAGGGCAAUUAAAUGGAUUAACGCCAAAACUUGGAAUCUGAUGAAUCAGGAGCAUCACUUAGAAAAAGAAACUUUGUCUGUGUGUUCUUCCACUUAACUCAGAUAUGACAGGCAUCAACUACAUUGCCCUG